AUUGAAUUGCUUGUACUUUAGUAUUGAAUUUGCUUGUACUUUAGGAUUGAAUUGCUUGUAAUUUAGCAUUGAAUUUGCUCGUACUUUAGGAUUGAAUUGCUUGUAAUUUAGUACUGAAUUUGCUUGUACUUCAGUAUUGAAUUUGCUUGUACUUAAGUAUUGAAUGUGCUUGUACUUAAGUAUUGAAAGUGCUUGUGCUUUAGUUUUGAAUUUGCAACUAAUUUAGUUUAGAAUUUUUAACAAAUCUAUGGUCACGGUUCUCGGAUUGGUAACCAAAUGAAACCGUGAUCUUACUUCACUAAUGAAAUAUAUAUUCUACUUUUAUAGAUUUACUCAAUAUUAUCUCUCUUCUAACUGAAAAAAAAGAAAUAACCCGAAGUCUACUCUGUGAUUUUGGCCAUGAUAUCCCUUUCAUUUACUUGAGAACUUUACGAAACAGAAGAUACACACAUUAUUAAAUCUUUUAUUACUACUGUAACAGUAUUUGCCUAGAUCAUUUUGUUAACUUUUGUGAGAAUAAGUUUAACAUUUUUAGAAACUAUUUUACUAUAUUAUUGUAGAUUCAACAAAUCUGUGUGGAGAAAAUAUGGACAACUUUAAUACUACAUGGAGGUUAACAGAGCCUAACACGCUAGUUGUCCUACCUUGUACUGGUGAAUAUACGGGUAAUACAUCAAGAUACUGUAGUAUUAGUGGAAAGUGGGAAGAACCGAGCUACAUCCAUUGUAUAAGUAAAUCAAUACAACAACUGAAAGAACAGACAUCUAAGCUAUUGUCUGGAGAGAGCGACUAUAAUUUAACCAUUAUUCUGAAAGAUCUAGAGAACAUAACAAACGAUAAUAAUGAGUUGCGGUCUGGUGAUCUGCUUACAUCAUCAGAUGUACUGAAUAAUAUUGCUAAAUAUGUAACCGUACAAUCAGAUAAACUUGAAGUUGAUCAACUAGAGAUUUUUGGUUCCCUAUGCGACAAUUUACUUGAUGAAAGAAACCAUCAGCAAUGGAAAGAACUUAACGAUGAGGUUAACAUUUUGCAAUAA